AUGAACGUAAUUCAACGGAUGGUCCAAGAGACCCAGGACUCCCUUUCCGAUGAGGCCCUCCUUCCUUUGAAGUCUUACAAGUACUCCAGUGUCGACAAGUCACCGAUUUCGAAUUACAUUCUCAAGCACUACUGGAAUGCCUUUGUGGAACUUCUGCCCAUGUGGAUUGCCCCGAACAUGGUCACCCUGUUGGGUUUCCUGUUCAUCGUGGGCAAUGUCUUCCUGAUCGUCUUCUUAAUUCCCGAUUUGUUGGGACCGGGCCCUUCGUGGUUGUACUUCAGUUUUGCUCUGGGCAUGUGGAUGUACUCAACUUUAGAUAAUGUCGACGGUAAACAAGCACGGAGGACAGGAACUUCCAGCGGGCUGGGAGAACUUUUUGAUCAUGGAAUCGACUCUUUGAACUGCACUCUUGCUAGUCUUUUGGAGACUGCCGCCAUGGGAUUUGGUGCUUCCCAGCUUGGUGCAUACACUGCCCUUGUGCCCUGCUUGGCGAUGUACUUCUCGACCUGGGAAACCUUCCACACCCACACCUUGUACCUGGGUUACUUCAAUGGCCCCACUGAGGGACUUCUCAUUGCUAUCAGCAUCAUGAUUGCUUCGGGCAUUUGGGGACCCGGCAUCUGGGCGCAGCCAAUUACUGAUCUCAUCAAUCUCCCCCAAAUCUUCGGCACCAACUCUGUCAAGGACUUGUGGGUGCCGAUUCUUGUUGGCGGCUUCUUCUUUGGCCACUUGCCAGGAUGCGUGAUGAACGUCUAUGCUGCUCGCAAGAAGCAGGGCCUACCCUUCACUCCUCUGCUCAAGGAAUGGGUGCCAAUGAUUCUGUUCACAAUCUGCAAUGUUGCCUGGCUCUUCUCGCCUUACUCGUACCUCCUGGUCAAUAACCACCUGGUUCUCUACUGCUGGGUCAUUUCCUUCGUCUUUGGUCGUAUGACCACCAUGAUUAUUCUCGCUCACCUUCUGCGCCAACCAUUCCCUUACUGGACAGUCCUGCAGGCGCCCCUCAUCGGUGGUGCUGUACUUGCCAACCUGCCUCGCCUUGGUUUCCCAAUGGUUAGCGCCUGGUUCGAAAUUUGGUACCUGCGCUUAUACUUGGUCUUUGCACUUGUGAUCUACAUGCAUUGGGCUGUUCUGGUUAUCAACCGCAUCACUACUUUCCUUGGCAUUAACUGCCUUACCAUUCGCAAAGACCGAUCCGUAGCUCGCGACCGUGUCUACCGCGACUUUGGUGAAGCUGGCCUUGGCUUGGCUUCUGGAAGCAACGGUACGGAGGACACCUUCAAGAACCACUGA